UGGCGCUACAUUUGUGAACUUAGAGAUCCCACCAUGUGUGUUCUGCAGCGAUGAAAAAUUGAAAACAUAGGCCUGCGUAAACAUCAUCCUGUUUAUUCAGCAUUUUGAUAUUCAGAAUUCAAUUAGCCCAAUUUGUUUUGUAUUCAUCGGCGAAGCUUGUUAUAAUUUCCUGACACACAUUCAAUUGUUCUGAACAUUUUUGGCAUAGACUUGCUAGGCCAAGAUCGAGUGUAGGGCCUAGGCCUCUAGAGGCCUAGUGUUUUCUGUUCACUUUACCGUGCGCAGAGGGUUGCACGUCGGCGUCGUUUAAUCCAUUUUUUAUUGAAGCGAGACUAGGGCUAGCCUAAGUCUGCUGAGUGUUGCGAUUUUGAAAAACAUUUAAAGUUUAAUUCAGAUCUCAAUAUGGUGCUAAUUAAUACGGUGAAUACAUAUUCCUUUGCCUCGUUGGUUUUGGUUUUAUGUCAAAUAAUAGGUUGUAUUGGAGCCAAAAGCAAAGACUCAAUUCAGACGCCAACAAAAACUGAAAUCGUAACAGAAAACACUAAACCAGCUACUGGUGGGAAUGACAUCGAUAUUGUUUUAUUAUCUCGAAUUCAAUUUGAGCAACUUGUAAUGGCUGAGAAACAUAUGAUUGUCCAAUUUGGAAGUCCAAGUUGCAAGAAAUGUAAAGAAUUUCAAAAAGAAUAUGAGAAAGUUGCUCGCAUCCUGAUUGGAGAGGGAAUUGGUGUGUACCGUGUUGAUGAUGCCACCCUCUCAAGGCAGUAUGGGAUACCAAGACUUCCCACACUAAUAUAUUUUCGAAGUGAGGGAUUGCCUGUGAUGUACUUUGGUGGUUUAGAUGGUUAUGAGAUUGCAGAAUGGAUGGACUCUAAUGGAGAGCAGAUUACUGUAAAUCUGUAUGACGGUGACUUUGAACACUUGACACAAGCUUCAACGGGUGCCACAACUGGAAACUGGAUGGUCAACUUUUGUAAGCCAGAUGUCCCAGGCUGCUCUCAACUGACCCCUUCAUGGGAAGGUGCAGCUGCCAGAUUAAAGGGACGUGCAAAUUUUGCGUAUGUUGAUCCAACUAAGAACGAACUAUUAAAAAAGAGAUUUAAUAUUGGAAACUCUUUACCAGUUAUUAUGCUCUUUCGUCUAGGGAAGCAAUACGUAUAUGAGCUGCCAGCAAGAGAUCCAGCAUCAUUGGCUGUAUUUGCUGAGACGGGCUACCAACAUGCAAAGGGCUCACCCGUUAGCAUACAGCAAUCCCCAUUUGAUAGUCUUGUGGAGAGACUUGCUCAUAUUCUUAAGGAAUUUUCAUCCGAUAAAGAUAAAGCAACCCUGUACAUCUGCGCUGGGGCGUUGUUGUUAAUGGCCUUCAUGGCUUUGGCAUUAAUCAUAGAAUGUUGCCGCAUUAUUGCUGGUGACCCGAAAAAUAAGAAGUCUGAAGAAAAGAAGACGGAAUAAAUUUAAAUUAAUAUCAUAAACAUGCUGGAGAAUUAGGUCAUAUUUAAGUAGAAUGAAAGAGUAAUAGUAGAUAGAUUUUUUUUUGGUGGUCUUUUGUAGGAUUGUUUCACUUUUAUUUCUCCAUUCAUUCAUUUUAACUCACUAUUUACAAUAAAGACAUAUGGAUGACAUUAUUUACACAUUUAGUACAUUUUUAUGAUAUAUAUAUAAAAUUCGUCCAUUUCUGUAGUAGACAGAUAUUAUUUAUUAUUGCAGUACAGUACUGACUUUUGCAUGAGGCACAAAGCUUUUUUUGUAAAAAUAAAGACAAUGAAAUCAUAAUAAAAUUUAUGUAUUCCAUCUUUAA